AUGUCAACGAGUGGAACUAGUUGGAGACACGUGCCGGGUGCAGAAAACCCAGCCGAUGAACUUUCUCGCGGUCUACAACCUCCCGAAAUAUUAUCUCAAACCAGAUGGUGGAAUGGCCCAUCCUGGUUAGCCUUAGCGCCAUGUCACUGGCCACAUUCGGAAAUCCCAGAGCAAGAAGCAGCUCCCAUCGUCGAAGAAGCCCGUACGAUAGCCAUGAUUUCAACAACCCUAGUAGAAUCCCAAUUUGCAGACCAUUUAUUCGCCAAGUAUUCAUCGUACACAAAACUUCGUCGUGUUUUCGGAUAUUGCAUGAAAUUCAUUCGUCUUUCUCAAAAGAAACCUCAGAAGUCUCUCCAUAGUAUGUCACAUGUCGUGCUAACUACAAACGAUCUGAAGGCAGCGGACUACGCACUAGCCCGCUUAGCUCAAGCCCAGCUUUACCCAGAAGAGUUAACCAUACUAGCAAGUCCAACGAAAGAUCAAAGCGACAUGAAAUCCUCGCCACUUAAAUGGCUAAAACCGUUCAUAUGUACAGACCGUAUAAUUCGAGUUGGAGGUCGCUUGUCCAAUUCCGAACUCCCCGAAGACAUCAAGCAUCCAAUAGUCCUAUCCGCCAGGCAUCCUUUAGCUGAAAUUCUAGUUAGCCAUUACCAUAAACGUCUUUUACACGCUGGUCCACAGCUAAUGCUCUCUACGAUACGUCAGAAAUAUUGGUCGCACUACUGUGGUCCAGUUUAUUUGAAAUCCCCAACCCGUAGACGCGGGCCAACUGAAGCAUACAUUGCCAUUUUCGUUUGUUUUAUAACGAAAGCUGUUCAUAUUGAAUUGGUCUCUGACCUAUCGACAGCAGCCUUCUUGUCAGCACUACGUCGCUUCACUGCCCGUCGUGGCUAUGUUCGGGAACUCCAUUCUGAUAAUGGGACUGCGUUCAAAGGAGCAUCUAAUCAGCUACACCAUGUAUACGAGAUGUUAAAGUCGACGGGAACCCAACGAGACCAAAUUGUGAACUGGUGCGCCAAUAACGAGAUUGAAUGGAAGUUUUCCCCACCCCGUGCUCCUCAUUUUGGAGGACUGUGGGAGGCUGCAGUCAAAUCUGCCAAGCAGCACCUCCUGCGGGAAAUAGGACACAUUAGCAUUAGCCAGGAAGAUAUGGUCACUCUCUUGGCACAGAUUGAAAUGUGCUUAAAUUCCAGACCAUUGAUACCAAUUCCCAGCGAAACUACCGACCUGGAAGCAUUAACACCAGGCCACUUCCUGGUCGGUUCGAACCUACAAGCUGUGCCGGAACCCAGUCUUAAUCACACGUCGGACUCCCACUUAAAUCACUGGCAUCAAACGCAAAAGAAUCUCCAGCGCAUUUGGGCGCGCUGGUAUCCAGAAUAUUUGGCCCAACUACAGUCCCGUGCAACAAAGGGUUGCAAACGUCCUGUACCGAUCGAGGUGGGACGCAUCGUGGUCAUCAAGGAUGAUAAUCUACCACCCGCGAAAUGGCCACUAGGCAGAAUCAUCAAGCUUCACCCAGGGAAAGACGGUGUUACUCGGGUCGUAACGCUGAAAACAGCAGUAGCCGACAACGUCGUCAGACCAAUAGCGAGAAUCGCCAUGCUGCCAUUACCACAUGAUCCAGAGCCUGUUUGCCCAGAAACGUUAUGCUGA